GCCAGUGUGACAGGGAUAGUGGAGCAUGCUGACUACAAAGCCAGGGAUGUAAAUCCCCCUGCGCAUCGUGCACCAGCAAUGAUCCCCAUCGCAGGAUUUCUUAGAGAGGAAUGGAACAGCCAUGAAUGGUGAUGCACUUAAUCAAGACUCUUCCUCCCAGCUUCCUGACUGGAAGGAGUUCUGUGAGCUUCAUGCACAAGCCGCUGCAGGGGACUUUGCUCAGAAAUUCUGCCAGUUUUUAAAGGAGAACCCUCACUAUAAUGCUCCAGGAGCAGAGACAUCGUUCUCCCACCAUUUUGCUGCCAAUUUUUUAGAUUUCUUCAGUUUUGAGGUUAGCAGGGUAUAUGUAUCUGAUUCUCCAACAAAGUAUAACAUUGUACCCUUCGUAGGACUACAAAAUUGCCAGGUGCCUUUAGCAAGAGAUUUCGUCUCCAGGAAAGAGGAAACCUCCACAGAGUCAUUAGACAGCAUGGAAAAUACCAUCACAAAUAAAUAUUUAAGUCGGACUCAAGCCAGGGCCCACAAGGUGUCAUCCUAUGGACACUCGCGAAGCUCGGAGGAUGUUUCAGUACAUGCGAGCUCUAAGACAAAAUUUAAAAAAGGUUUUUCACUGAGGAAUAUGAGUCUGUGUGUGGUGGAUGGCAUGAAGGAAAUGUGGCAUAGGAAGUCCUCUCCAGAGCCUGGCAUGGACAAUGGGACAUUGAAGCGCUCGGAGCGUGAACAUUGCACAUCAGGCAACAAGGAACAAGUGGAACCACGGGAAAAAUGGACUCACAAAUUACGACUGUCAAAAAUGCAAGCGGCUAAGAUAGAUGCCGUCGAAAUUCAGAGAGAAGGAACUCUCAGGUACAUGGUUGCUGAUGACACCAAUUGUGUUGGUAGCUCUCAGUGGCAAAAAUGUCGUUUGCUUUUGAGAAAAGCCGUGAAAAUGGAAGGAGAAAGAUUUCUUCUUGAAUUCUAUGUGCCUCCUAAGUCAUCUAAACCUAAAGUAAGCAUUCCUCUCUCUGCCAUUAUCGAGGUCCGCACCACAAUGCCAUUGGAGAUGCCUGACAAGGACAACACGUUUGUACUUAAGGUCCUCAAAGAAGAAGAAAGAAGACAAGCCGGGCUGCGCGAACAAGUGGAUGAGGUAGAAAACAGCGCAGAGUACAUUUUAGAAACAAUUGAUUCUCUUCAGAAACAUUCUUGGGUGGCUGACAUACAAGACUGUAUAGAUCCCGGAGAUAGCGGAGAUGACAUCGAACUUUCUUCUUGUGAGCAGGGCGCAUGUCUGCCGAGUCGCGUCUCUUCAUGUAGCUGUGAGUUUCUUGCUGAAGGAGCUUACCGACCGCUGGAAAUGUGUGGUCAGGAUGUUUCCACAAUAUCUGCUUUUCCUUAUCCUCCACCCGCUGCACCUCCGCAGGUCCGGAGCCGGGAGUAUGCUUCAGUAGACCACCUCGUACACGUCCCUCUCGAGACCUUCCUGCAGACCUUGGAGACUCCUCCGUCUAACCAAGGAGCAGGGGAAGAAGCGGAGAAAGAUGCAGAAAUCAAUCUGUUAGAGUACCCUUGGUUCCAUGGGACACUGUCAAGAAUAAAAGCAGCUCAGCUCGUGCUCGCCAGUGGCACUCUGAGUCAUGGACUGUUUGUCAUCAGGCAAAGUGAAACCCGCCCAGGAGAGUAUGUGCUUACUUUCAACUUUCAAGGCAAAGCAAAGCACCUGCGGUUGUCUCUGAAUGAGAACGGGCAGUGUCACGUUCAGCACCUGUGGUUCCAGACCAUAUUUGAUAUGCUGAAACACUUUCACUCCCAUCCUAUCCCGCUAGAGUCUGGUGGCUCGGCUGACAUCACUCUGCGCAGUUAUGUUGUUGCACAGAACCUAUCAUCUGAACCUGGACCCUCUGGUGUUGGUUUACAGCAACAAAGCUGCAGGACUGAUACUCAAUCCCAACACUACUUUUCUAAUUCUGGAGGAACAAGUGUUCAGCCUGUGACUCCUCCAGACAACUCCUCUUCCUCUGCACAUCCAGCAUAUCACAGAGUGGACGGGACUCUUGGCGCCAGAAGCCGAAGCAACAGUGCAGAGCUUUUGCUAGAAUCCUCAAAUGCGAGCACGGAAGACUACCAUGAAACCGAUGGGUCUCGGAGUAGGACAAGGGCUGUGGAGAAUCAAUAUUCUUUUUACUGAAAAAUACUAUUUUAAGUCACAGCGCUAAUUCUUUUCCAGAUUUCUAACUUAAUUGUUAUUGCUGAUAAUUAUUAGUAAGCCAUUUGAUGUUAUAAGAAGCCAAAUCCAUAACAGAACCCAAACUGUAUUAGCAGAAAUGUGAGGACCUCGUGUCAUGAAAUCCAGGGGCAUUGGCUGCUAGUGAUCGCCCAUUUGAGAUGCAGUUCAAUUGUAAUCCAUUGAGUUUUGAAUGCAUUUGUUGUAAAUGGAAUCUGGUAAUGGAAGCUGGUCAUCCUUUUAAAGGGCAUCU